AUGCCACGACGCCUCUGUCCAAGGUCAAAGUCUGAGUUGUUACCGGCGAAUCCUCGUCGACGGAAGGAUGGAGCGCACGUUGCGGAUAGCGUACGCUGUGCACUGUGCGGCCUAGACCAGGACGCAAGCGGUAUAGAAGGUAAGUUACUGGGGCCACUGAAACCCAAACCACCAGCAAAGAAACCUAUUUAUGUACAUGAAGAGUGUGUGCGCUUCAGUGCCGAGUGUCAGGGUCGAAACGAAAUCGAUGAGCUCCUGGUGGGCUCUGUCGUGCGUCGGGGCAACUCGAUUCGCUGCAGUGUUUGUGGACAACCUGGUGGGACCAUCACCUGCGCUUACCGCAGUCCGAGAACCUGCUGGACGUACUACCACCUGCGCUGUGCACUGAAAGUUGGUGCUGCUGUGUGUAAGCGACGACGACAGGUUUUUUGUUGUCUUCACCGGAAGGACGCUGAGGAAUGUGGCUUUUUUAGGGGCUCGGAGCUUGCCACGCUCGAUGUGCCGGCCAGCGCUAAUCUGCUGGUUCAGUUAGAGGCUGUCAAGGGCCGUGCUGUUCGAAGAGACGCAUCCCCGAAUGGAUGCAUUGAUGCGAGCGUGUCCACUGCAAAGGAUCGACAGCAUCUGGCUGCAAAACGUCGGGAUGAAACGGCAAGUGCACCCCCAGAAUCAACCAAAGCGUCUUCUGAGCGAAGCGCUCGUAGAGCGCCGUCGCAGCGGCGCUUGAAGCGCGGCAACGGAGCAGCAGGUGUCGAGAAUGCUCAAGCAGUGUCUACGCAUUCAUGGACAAGUCGCGGACGACAGUCUGGUGCCCGCGAUUGGAAGCAAAUCGAGCACAACGAUAGCCGUGACGCUUUGCAGGUGUACAAUGAGCACGGCAUGGAUACCGGGCACGCUGUUCAAACAGCAACCGGGCGGAAGCAAUACCGCCACCGCCAUACCGGACUGGCAACCGCGACGCCAGCAGUGCCGUCUCCAGCAAACCGUGGACCUGCAUGGAAGAGGCACCCGCAGCGCAAGUCUCGCGUAUGCCGGGAGGUUUCUCAUAUCAUUGGCUCGCUAGCUGCGCCUGCUAGUUGGUAUUCACAGACGCCGCUGAUGCAGCAAAACACUUGUGACGAUGCGAGCACCAAGAGAAAGCGCUUGAUUAUGAAGAAAAUACAAACUGACGCCGCUCUUGUCCAGCGUGUCCCGGAAGUCUCGCCUGCGAACAUGGAACACCAGGGCGAGCGACUUCGCCCUCUGGCCACAUACAAUCCCGACAAACAACCUCGCAGUGGUGGAGAUGGUGGUAAGCGCUCUGAUCUCCAGCUCCACAGUCCAUUUUUGGCGAUUGAAACGGUCCCUGUGCGAGCGAGACGACCCACAAAGUCCAGGAAACGCCGUCCGGACGCUUGUCCGGAUACGCACCUUGUCAAUACAGCUUCUCGUCGACGCUUGCAGCAACAAGAUGCUGUAACAUCGCCGGAGCGAGCUCACUUGGCAUCUGCGCUGACCAGCAGUCCCGCUGCAUCGAACGAAAGCGCUGUGAAGGAUUUUGCGGAGCUUCGAGCCUCAUGCGCGUCCGAGUGUACCGUUGAACCGAGUUACGGCGCUCGUACAGGGCAGUCGAGGAAUGUCUCGCGUUGUUCGGUACCCGUCGAGGUGUACGAUCGUGAGGUGGCGACGCACACCGGUCCUUCCGGUGCUGGUGGCGGCGCUUCCGGGGACUCCAAAAACGCGCUCUCCUCUAGACAAGGCGGCCACUCAGUGGGGCAGGAGACUGGAGCGUCCCAGGUAAGCGCUGUGAUGCGGCUAAACUUUUCGAGAAAACUGCAGCAGCACGGCGGUGUACGUUUCGGCAGAGGGGAAUCAGCAAACGGGGAGCGCGCUUCCCGGCAGGUUCCGCAGGAUACUGCACUGCAGACACCUCGAGGCAGUGUUGUUGCCCAGGUUCAGUUUCGCGGUGAUGAUGCACUUGGUAAGCGCAAUUCGGUGACCGGCAGGCAAAGGAAGCGUCGUCACCACUCGGAGGCCACUACGGAGCAGGAGAAUUACCGCUUGUGGGAGCUCACACGAGAGCUUCAGUUCGGUGACUGUGAGCCAUUGUCCUGGGUAACGUUUGCGGAGCGCACGCUGGAGGCACUCGAACGCUCUCGGUUGCAUUCACGCCCGGAUGGGACCAAGAGGGCAAAGCGAGUAUCCGCUGUCACUGCAGACGCUCUGAUGACAGUAUCUACUCCAUCCGAGGGUACCAGUCUUGUCCAGAUGUCGCUGUCCGCGGCCGCUGCCACAGAGACGGCGCCAGCUGCAGGCUCUCAGGUGACUGCUUCCGAAAGUAACGUCCCGGGCAAGCCGGGUAGUCUGUUCGUUGCACCGUGUCGAACGCCAAGCGAACGCAUCGACUCAGGCUGCCAUGAUCGCUCCGUUGUCCACGAUGAGCGCGCACAACUCGAGUACCAGACUAACGCCCAGGUGAUGGGUGUGCUCGACUGGGAAGUACCUCCUCAACCUCAAGUCGAUCCGCUGAUUCCUUGCCGAAUUCUGAUUCCGCUCGAGCGGGAUGUUUGCGCGCUGUGUCAUGGCACCGUGGACGAAUCAGGCGCAUCGGCGCUCUUUUGCUGGCUUUGUGGCGAGGCGUAUCACGCGGAAUGCCAGCAUCAAGAGCAGCAGUACGAGUCGUCUUCAGGUCGGCUGCAUCUGCUGGACUUGGGUCCGAUUCGCGUGAUCCCGAAUUGUACCAGCUGCGCCGUCUCCAUACCACUGCCAUCUGUACCUGAAGCAGAAUCAUCCUGUCACCCUGCGGAUCGUCAAGGAACACCAACCGAAUCCAGUAUAGAACGGUCCGAACAGGUUCUAUGGAACACAGGAACCGAGCAUAACGACUCGGAGGUGCCUCUGGAGGUCGAUCACUCGAUGCAAGCGCCCUGUAUGGAUAACGAGGCCGUACCUGACUCCUCCGCGUUUGGCGCUGUGAAGCGCAGGCCACCUGUGUCGUUCGCUGCUGCCGGCGCUGCUUCUUUUGCCGCUUCUCGACGCAUCACCGGAGGCGGAGGCUCGGAGCGCGUUCCUUAUCCGGAGGUGGAUACCCCUGGACGUGCUUUGCCUUUGCCGAGGAAUUCGUACAGAGCCGGUGUCGAACAGGAGGCGGGCACCUAUGCAGCCGUUGCGUCAAAGAACACGGGACAGGAUGCCUCAGAAUCGAAUGCAUGGAAACGGGAUUCGAUGCAAGUUCUGCAGCGUGGUGAGCCAAGUUCCGUUCAGGAGCCUCCGUGGCUGCUGACGCUCUCGUCCGUACCGUGCGUUGUCUGCGGUCGGCGGCUGGAUAGCGGCCACGGCGGUGCUAUGCCACUGCUGCUUUGCGGUGAUUGUGAAGCAGCAGCAGCAGCAGCAGCAGCAGCAACCUCGAACGCAACCAGUACGCUUCCUGGCGAUCAGGUCAAGCGACAGCAUGUUCCCGGUACGCUGGCGGCAACGGGCCCUGCUUGCUCACGUUCGCCGAAGGUGAGCAGCUCCUCAGGCCAGGGGCGUGUCUCUGAGGCACCUCUUCUAGCGUGCAAUGCGGACGCUAUGGAAUCUGAGUGCGCAGACCCUUUACGAGACUGCCUCGCGGGAACGCGGUUGCGGGAUGUAUCGUGCGAGGCACAGCUACCAUUGGGCGCGUGCGCUUUGACGAGCGUGCAAGACGGAGCGUUCGCUUCGCACUUGGCCUCAGGUACGCGGAUAGAGGGCACCGAUCGGACGCCGCUCGUGAUGAAGCAGGAAAACUCCUUCGAAGCAGAACAUCUUCAUUCGCAAAACUCGGUGUAUAUCGAUGCGCACAUGAUGCUUGCGAAUUGUGAAGCAGAAACUGGAGUGCAGGAGAACACGGUGUGUUUGAUGGGGAACGAUACCUCACUAAGCCAAUACGGAACUCGUGACCCAGUGCCUGAAGUCACUGUCUGCCGGCCGCUGGGCCAGCGUGUAUCCGCCUCGUUUGGGGUUCAAGCGCCACAUGCUACACCAGAUGCGUUACAAGCAGAGCACCUAGUGUGGUCGCGUCUCUGUGCGGUUCCCGAUUGUCGGCGUUGUGCGCUAUGUGCUUGCCCCGAGCGAGGUGAAAGCGCGCAGCUCGGAUGUCUGGUGCCAUUGCGACUCUCCGAAAGCACCCUGCGCUGGAUUCACAUGGGCUGUUUGGCGCUGUCGACGCAAACGGGAGCCGGCCUUUCUCGCACGAUACAAGCUGCCUUGUCCAGAAAGUGUUCUGUGUGUCGUCGUACGGGUGCCUCUGUGUUCUGCUCUUUUUUGGGCUGUACCCAAGUCUUUCACGUACGCUGUGUAGCGACACAUGCUAACGCUGCUGGUGCUGAUGCUAUGUGGGAAUGCUCCGAUCAUCGCAGCCUGUGCUGGUGUUGGAAGCAUCGCUCGCUGCUUGGUCGCGAGGCGACAGCUGGACUUGCACCCUCGGGGUGGAGUUUUCCCUUUUCGAGUAUGGGUCACUCUUUGCCGUCGGAUGUACGCGGUUUGUCGCUAAAUGCGAGACCAGCAUUGCGAGUCGGUGCCUGGACACUGCUCGAUUACGGUGCGCUGGACUGCACAUCGCUGGAAUCGACAGAAGCUCAGUGGCGACUGCCGCCAGAUUGUUACCUAGCGCGGCGCUUUUGGAGUAUGAUCCGACCCUUUGAACGAACGCUUUACUUUAUCAGUUGCACAGCGGACGUAGCGCACGAGCCGCGGUACUCGCUGUGCGCUCUGGAUGCACCGCACGAUCGGUUAAGUGGCGUGUGCAUCACUGCGCUAUGGCACCAGAUGAUAUCCCGUGUGCUGCGGUUGUGGGCAGCGCGUCUUCCGGCGCGCUUGACGCAUCUUUUCACCAAGUGCAUCGCUGAACGAUCGACAGAAGAACGUCAGGCACUUGCGGAGCGCUUCUUUUGCCCUGUGCCGGUGCUGGUGCAGCACCUAGCCACGAGCAUGUUGGCGUCGGUGCCCGCGGAUACCUCUCCGGACCACGACGUCGGAGGUGCAUCCCCGACAGCGCGAUCCGCGGGCGCAGCACGUUGUUCCCUGUACUUGCGCCCGAGUAACGAGUCAAAAUGGAGUAAGCUUGCACCUGUGCAUCGAUCCCUGGAAGUGUUUGAGCGUGCGUUAGCGGGAGCAGCAUAUGACCCGCUCCUUGCACAGCGAUCAGCUGCAUCCGAUAUCCCGGGGUCUGCAGAGCGGGCGUGCAGCGCACUGCGAUCACGUCCAGAGCAGGAUCGUGUGCCUCCAAGGCGAGACGCCUGGCGAGUAGUCUCUGCAACGGCAACUGAUCGUCGGCUGUAUCGACAGAUGCAGCUCGAACACCGCAAGUACUGUGUUCCGUUGCGCUCUCGAAUCCACGGGUUCGGUUUGUUUGCGCGCUGUGACCUCCAAGCCGAUCAGAUGAUCGUUGAGUACGCUGGAGAGCGGAUUGCCUCACCAGUGGCCGACGUUCGGGAGCGCCACUACGAGCGCCGUGGCAUUGGGUGCUACAUGUUUCGUAUAGAUGCUGAUUGGGUGAUUGAUGCGACAAUGAUUGGGAGCGUCGCACGCUAUAUUAACCAUUCUUGUCGUCCGAAUUGCUACAGCGAAAUCCUGCGAAUCAGCGACGAACCGAAGCAGGAUGUGAUUGUUAUUCGCAGCGCUCGAGCGAUUAAACGCGGCGAGGAGCUGACCUACAACUACAUGUUCGACGUAGACAAUGCGAUGAAAAUCCCAUGUCUAUGCGGCGAGCCGGGUUGUGUCGGUUUCAUGAACUAG